CCUGCUAGAGCUAAGAUGGCGGCACGUCUGUGAGGAGGCUGGGACCUGAACUCGAGAUUUUUCGUCAUUAAAUGGUUCUUAUGAGUCCACAUAUACCGAAAAUUUCAAAGAGGAAAAGAUUUCACGUUUUUACAGGCAGGCUUGUGGUUUCUGAUUGACCCCAUGACAUCUAUUCACUUCGUGGUUCACCCGUUGCCCGGGACCGAGGAUCAGCUCAAUGACAGGCUCCGUGAAGUCUCAGAGAAGCUCAACAAAUACAACUACAACAGCUAUCCCCACCUCGGCCUUUUGGAGCAGGCGACCUUAAAACAGUGUGUUGUUGGUCCAAACCAUGCUGGAUUUCUUCUAGAGGAUGGACGGGUAUGCAGAAUCAGUUUUGCUGUCCAGCCUGAUCGCCUGGAACUCAGCAAACCGGAUAGCAGUGAUGGUUCAAAGUUGAGCAGUGGUUCAGGGACAGGAAGGAGCUCCAGGCCAGGCAGGGCUAGUGAUCCGCCCUGGUUCCUGUCUGGCUCUGACACACUUGGCAGACUGGCAGGCAACACCCUUGGGAGUCGCUGGAGCUCUGGCGUAAAUGGAGGUAGUGGAGUAGGAAGUGGUGGAGGAACAGGGGGAAGCGGAACAGGAGGUGGCAGCAGUGGAGGAGGUGGGGGUGGAGGAGGCGGAGGAGGAGGAGGAGGAGGUGGAGGAGGAGGAGGAGGUGGAGGGACAUCGGGACGAUCUUCAACAGCAGCUCGUGAUUCCCGUCGGCAGACCAGAGUGAUCCGGACUGGAAGGGAUCGGGGCUCAGGCCUUCUAGGUAGCCAGCCUCAGCCAGUAAUACCAGCUUCUGUCAUCCCUGAAGAGCUCAUCACUCAGGCCCAGGUAGUUCUCCAGGGGAAGUCCAGGAGUGUUAUUAUAAGGGAACUUCAGAGGACCAAUCUGGAUGUCAACCUUGCUGUCAACAACCUGCUGAGCAGAGAUGAUGAAGAUGGGGAUGAUGGAGAUGACACUGCUAGCGAGUCUUACCUUCCAGGAGAAGACUUGAUGUCCCUGCUGGAUGCAGACAUUCACUCAGCUCAUCCCAGUGUGAUUAUUGAUGCCGAUGCAAUGUUCUCUGAGGACAUAAGCUACUUUGGCUACCCCUCUUUUAGACGAUCCUCACUAUCUCGACUGGGAUCCUCUCGAGUUCUCCUUCUUCCCUUAGAGAGAGAUUCAGAGCUGUUGCGUGAGCGGGAGUCUGUAUUGAGGUUACGAGAACGCCGGUGGUUGGAUGGGGCCUCAUUCGACACAGAGCGAGGCUCCACCAGCCGUGAGGGAGAGCCCAGCUUGGACAAAAAGAGCAUCCCCGUCCAGAGCCCUGUUUCGCUAGGAGAGGAGCUUCAAUGGUGGCCUGAUAAGGAUGGUGUGAAGUUUGUUAGUAUCGGCGCCAUGUUCUCAGAGCUGGUGGCUGUCAGCUCCAAGGGAGAACUUUAUCAGUGGAAGUGGAGUGAACCGGAGCCCUACAGGAAUGCACAGAAUCCCUCCAUGCAUCACCCACGCGUGUCCUUCCUAGGCCUGGCUAAUGAAAAAAUCACCCUGUUAUCAGCCAAUAGCAUCAGAGCCACUGUGGCUACGGAGGCCAACAAGGUGGCGACCUGGGUAGAUGACACACUGAGCACAGUGGCCUCUAAGCUUGAGCACGGGGCUCAGGCUUUCCCGGAGCUGCAGGGGGAACGUCUGGUGUCCUUGCAUUGCUGUGCUCUCUACACUUGUGCACAGCUGGAGAAUAGCCUCUUCUGGUGGGGAGUUGUGCCUUUUAGUCAACGGAAGAAGAUGCUUGAAAAGGCUAGGGCUAAAAACAAAAAGCCAAAGUCUAGUGCUGGCAUUUCUUCUAUACCCAACAUCACUGUGGGCACACAGGUGUGUUUGAGAAAUAAUCCUCUCUACCAUGCUGGUGCUGUGGCCUUCUCCAUCAGCGCUGGGAUUCCUAAAGUUGGAGUGCUGCUGGAAUCUGUCUGGAACAUGAAUGACAGCUGCAGAUUCCAGCUCCGCUCACCAGAGAGCCUAAAGAACAUGGAGAAGACCACUAAAACCCAGGAAAUCAAUAGGACAGAAAGCAAGCCAGAGCUGGUAAAAACGGAGAUGGGUCCUCCUCCCUCCCCAGCUUCUACCUGCAGUGAUACCUCCUCCAUUGCAAGUAGUGCCUCCCUGCCCUACAAGCGAAGGCGCUCCACCCCAGCUCCAAAAGAGGAGGAGAAGGUGAAUGAAGAGCAGUGGCCUCUCAGAGAGGUGGUGUUUGUAGAAGAUGUGAAGAAUGUUCCUGUGGGAAAGGUGCUGAAAGUGGACGGAGCGUAUGUUGCUGUGAAGUUUCCAGGAACGAGUAGUGUGAGCAACCAGAGCAGUGCUGCUCCCACAGACUCCGACCCUUCCUCGCUGUUACAGGACUGUAGGCUCCUCAGAAUAGAUGAGCUGCAGGUGGUCAAAACUGGCGGGACUCCUAAAGUUCCUGACUGUUUUCAACGAACACCUAAAAAGCUCUGUAUUCCAGAAAAGGCAGAAAUUUUGGCUGUUAAUGUUGACUCCAAAGGAGUCCAUGCAGUCCUGAAAACCUCUAAUUGGGUAAGGUACUGCAUCUUUGACUUGGCUACUGGUAAAGCUGAACAGGAGAAUAACUUCCCAACCAGCAACCUGGCCUUCCUGGGACAGAGUGAGCGCAACAUAGCUAUAUUUACUGCAGGACAGGAAUCUCCAAUCAUCCUUCGAGAUGGAAAUGGCACAAUCUACCCAAUGGCCAAAGAUUGCAUGGGUGGAAUUCGAGAUCCUGAUUGGUUGGACCUUCCUCCAAUAAACAGCCUGGCAAUGGGGGUGCACUCUCUGGCAAAUCUGCCGUCUAACUCCACAAUUAAAAAGAAAGCUGCUAUAAUUAUCAUGGCUGUUGAGAAACAAACGCUGAUGCAGCAUGUCCUGCGCUGUGACUACGAGGCCUGUCGACAGUUUUUGGUGAACCUUGAACAGGCGUUCCUGUUAGAUCAGGGCAGUCAGGCUCUGGCAGCCAUCCUGGACCAUCGCUGUGAUGGAAAUCGUAACAUCCUUCACGCUGCUGUCUCUGUCUGCUUUCCCAUCAGUAAUAAAGAGACCAAAGAAGAAGAGGAAGCUGAAAGGUCAGAGAGGAACACAUUUGCAGAACGCCUGUCUGCUGUGGAGGCCAUUGCUAAUGCCAUCUCUGUGGUAUCAAGCAACAGCUCUGGAAACAGGACUGGAUCAUCCAGUAGCAGAGGGCUUCGUCUGAGAGAGAUGAUGCGUAGAUCUCUAAGAGCGGCAGGUCUCAGUCGUCAUGAGUCUGGCCCGUCAUCCAGUGACCACCAGGAUCCUGUGUCACCACCUAUUGCCCCUCCAAGCUGGGUGCCUGACCCCCCACCCAUAGACCCUGAUGGUGACAUUGACUUCAUUCUAGCGCCAGCUGUGGGUUCCCUCACCACUGCUUCCACCGGGCCUAGCCAGGGACCAAGCACAUCUACCCUACCAGCAGGGACGUCCACAGAGUCAUCCGUGGUUGAAUCUAAAGACAGGAAGGCCAACGCCCACCUCAUCUUAAAGUUAAUGUGUGACAGUAUUGUUUUGCGGCCACACCUACGGGAGUUACUCUCUGCCAAAGAUGCUCGUGGGAUGACCCCCUUCAUGUUGGCGGUCAGUGGGAGAGCCUAUCCUGCAGCCAUCACUGUGUUGGAGGCUGCUCAGAAAAUGGCUAAGGUGGGUGACCCAAGCAUCCCAGAGAAGGAGGAUUCAGAUUCUGUUUUCAUGGAAAUGAUUUGCCCCUUGGGAACAAACCCAGACGAUUCCCCGCUCUAUGUUCUCUGCUGCAACGACACCUGCAGUUUCACCUGGACCGGAGCAGAGCACAUUAACCAGGACAUCUUUGAGUGUCGGACCUGUGGUCUGCUGGAGUCUCUCUGCUGCUGCACUGAGUGUGCAAGGGUUUGCCACAAAGGACAUGACUGCAAGCUGAAGCGGACGUCCCCCACAGCAUACUGUGACUGUUGGGAGAAAUGCAAGUGUAAAACAUUGAUUGCUGGCCAAAAGGCAGCUCGCCUGGAUCUGCUGUACAGGUUACUGACAACCACCAACCUCGUCACCACACCAAACAGCAGGGGAGAGCAUAUAUUACUGUUCCUGGUGCAGACUGUUGCUAGGCAGAGUGUUGAGCACUGUCAGUACAGACCGCCACGCAUCAGAGAAGACAGGAACCGUAAGGCUGCCAAUGCAGAAGAAUCUGAUAUGCCAGAUCAUGACUUAGAACCUCCCCGCUUUGCCCAGCUGGCUCUGGAGAGAGUCCUGCAGGACUGGAAUGCCCUGAAGUCUAUGAUAAUGUUUGGUUCUCAGGAGAACAAAGACCCACUAAGUGCCAGCAGCAGAAUUGCUCACCUCCUACCUGAAGAGCAGGUCUACUUGAAUCAACAGACUGGCAGCAUUCGCCUAGACUGUUUCACCCACUGCCUCAUUGUCAAGUGUGCUCCUGACAUAACUUUCAUUGACACCUUACUAGGCACACUAGUAAAGGAGCUGCAGAACAAGUACACCCCUGGUCGGCGUGAGGAGGCGGUCAGUGUGACCAGGAGGUUCCUACGCUCCGUGGCCCGUGUUUUUGUCAUACUCAGCGUCGAGAUGGCCUCAUCCAAGAAAAAGAACAACUUCAUUCCCCAGCCCAUUGGGAAAUGUCGGCGAGUGUUCCAGGCUCUGUUGCCCUACGCUGUGGAGGAACUGUGUAACGUAGCAGAGUCACUGAUUGUUCCAGUCAGGAUGGGGAUAGCUAGACCCACUGCUCCUUUCACCCUUGCCAGUACCAGUAUUGAUGCUGUUCAGGGCAGCGAGGAGCUCUUCUCUGUCGAACCACUUCCUCCCAGACCCUCACCUGACCAGUCUAGCAGCUCCAGCCAGACAGCGGCCUCCUACAUCAUAAGGAACCCACAGCCUCGACACAGCAGCCAGUCCCAGCCUGUUAGAGGACGGGACGAGGAGCAGGAUGACAUCGUAUCAGCAGAUGUAGAAGAGGUUGAGGUUGUAGAGGGAGUUGCUGGUGAGGAAGACCAUCAUGAUGACCAAGAAGAACAGGGAGAGGAAAACGCUGAGGCAGAAGGGCAGCAUGACGAGCAUGAUGAGGAUGGAAGCGACAUGGAGCUUGAUCUACUGGCCGCAGCUGAAACGGAGAGUGACAGUGAAAGUAACCAUAGUAACCAGGACAAUGCCAGCGGUCGUAGGAGCGUUGUCACUGCAGCCACUGCCGGCUCUGAAGCAGGUGCCAGCAGUGUCCCUGCCUUCUUUUCAGAGGAUGACUCCCAGUCUAAUGACUCCAGUGAUUCUGACAGCAGCAGCAGUCAGAGCGACGACGUUGACCAGGAGACAUUUCUUCUGGACGAGCCUCUGGAAAGGACCUCCAGCACUUCACACAGCAACAGUGCAGCCCAGGCUCCACGUUCCAUGCAGUGGGCUGUACGAAACACCCCCAGCCAACGGGCCGCAGGAAACGUUCCCUCAAGCUCCUCAACACCAGCUGCCAGCUCCACAGGCCUGAUCUACAUCGAUCCAAACAACCUCCGCCGCUCCAGCGCCAUCAGCUCCAGUGCUGCAGCGGCAGCGGCUGCUCUGGAGGCCAGCAACUCCAGCAGCUAUCUGACAUCUGCCAGCAGCCUGGCCCGAGCCUACAGCAUCGUCAUCAGGCAGAUUUCGGACCUCAUGAGUCUGAUUCCCAAGUACAACCACCUGGUCUACUCCCAGUAUCCUGCUGCUGUAAAGCUGACUUAUCAGGAUGCUGUGAACUUACAGAACUAUGUUGAAGAGAAGCUGAUUCCCACUUGGAACUGGAUGGUAUCAAUUAUGGACUCAACAGAAGCUCAGUUAAGAUAUGGCUCAGCACUGUCCUCUGCUGGUGACCCGGGUCAUCCCAGUCACCCGCUUCAUGCCUCCCAGCACUCGGCCCGCAGGGAGCGCAUGACUGCGCGGGAGGAGGCCAGCCUUCGCACUCUGGAAGGUCGCAGGAGAGCAGCUACUCUUCUGACAGCUCGCCAUGGGAUGAUGUCAGCACGGGGCGACUUCCUGAACUAUGCCUUGUCACUGAUGCGCUCCCACAACGAUGAGCACUCUGAUGUGCUGCCUGUGCUGGAUGUGUGCUCUCUGAAGCACGUGGCCUACGUGUUCCAGGCUCUCAUCUACUGGAUUAAGGCCAUGAACCAGCAGACCAACCUGGACAACCAGCAGAUGGACAGGAAGAGGAAUCGUGAGAUUUUAGAGCUGGGCUUGGACAACGAGGAUUCUGAACAUGAGAACGAUGAGGACACAAACCAAAGUUCCACCCUGCAGGACAAGGAUGAUGACCCAGUUCCAGCUGAAACAGGGCAAAACCACCCCUUCUUUCGUAGAUCGGACUCCAUGACCUUCCUGGGCUGCAUCCCACCAAACCCAUUCGAUGUUCCCCUGGCUGAAGCCAUCCCUCUGGCAGAUCAGCCCCAUCUCCUGCAGCCAAAUGCCAGGAAAGAGGAUUUGUUUGGCCGUCCCUCUCAGGGAUUGUACUCUUCUUCCUACAUGGCUAACAAAGGGCUGGCUGAGGCGAGCAUGGACAGGAACUGCCUGGAGGUAAACUUGGGCUCCUCUCUCCCCUCCCCCUCUCAGAUCCUACCCACAAAGAUGUCCUACUCAGCCAACCUGAAGAAUGUGAUGAGCAUGGAUUGUGGCCAGGGGAACUCAGGGAACCAGUCUCUGGCAGAGCAGGAGGUGGAGGAUGUGAAACAAGGCCCAUCGCCCCAUGACCUAGCUGCCCAGCUGAAGAGCAGCCUUCUGGCAGAGAUCGGCCUCACGGAGAGUGAUGGACCUCCUCUGCCCUCAUUCAGACCUCACUGUAGUUUCAUGGGGAUGAUGAUCUCACACGACAUGCUGCUGGGCCGCUGGCGUCUGUCAUUGGAGCUCUUUGGUCGAGUCUUUAUGGAGGAUGUUGGAGCAGAGCCUGGAUCUAUCCUCACAGAGUUGGGUGGCUUUGAGGUAAAGGAAUCAAAGUUCCGUCGGGAGAUGGAGAAGCUAAGGAACCUACAGUCCCGUGACCUAGCUCUGGAGGUAGACCGGGAUCGAGACCAGCUAAUCCAGCAAACUAUGCGUCAGCUAAACACGCACUUUGGUAGGCGCUGCACAACAACACCCAUGGCUGUGCAUCGGGUGAAGGUCACCUUCAAAGAUGAGCCUGGAGAGGGCAGCGGGGUGGCACGCAGCUUCUACACAGCCAUUGCCCUGGCCCUCCUUUCCAAUGAUAAGCUGCCUAAUCUGGACUGUGUUCAGAGUGUCAGCAAGGGCAUGCAGGCCAGCAGUACGUGUCACCACGAUUACAAUUCAAAUCUAAUGCAGCGCUUAAGAAACAGAGAUAGGGAACGAGAGAGGAGAAGUGGAGGGCUUCGAGCAGGCUCUCGGAGAGAUCGUGAUAGAGACUCCAGGAGACAGCUUUCUAUAGACACCAGGCCUUUCAGGCCUUCAUCAGAGGGAAACCCCAGUGAUGAGCCGGACCCUCUUCCUGCACACAGACAAGCCUUGGGGGAAAGGCUCUAUCCACGGGUCCAUGCCAUGCAGCCUGCGUUUGCCAGUAAAAUCACAGGCAUGCUGCUAGAGCUUUCUCCUGCCCAGCUCCUGCUGCUGCUGGCCAGUGAAGAUUCUCUCAGAGCCAGGGUGGAGGAAGCCAUGGAACUUCUCAUUGCACAUGGCAGGGAAAAUGGUGCUGACAGUAUACUGGACCUGGGUCUUCUGGAGGCUCCUGAAAAAGCUCAACAAGAAAACCGCAAGCGUCAUUGUUCAACCCGCAGCGUGGUGGACAUGGAGCUGGAUGACCCUGAUGAUGGGGACGACAAUGCUCCUCUCUUCUACCAGCCGGGCAAAAGAGGCUUCUACUCUCCUCGGCCUGGCAAGAAUACAGAGGCUAGGCUAAACUGCUUCCGCAACAUUGGCAGGAUUCUGGGUUUGUGUCUGCUUCAGAACGAGCUCUGUCCAAUCACGUUGAACAGACAUGUCAUCAAAGUGCUGCUGGGGAGAAAGGUGAACUGGCAUGACUUUGCAUUCUUUGACCCGGUCAUGUAUGAGAGCCUGCGGCAGCUCAUCCGCCAUUCUCAGGCUGGAGAAGCAGAAACUGUCUUUGCUGCUAUGGAUCUGGCCUUCGCCAUUGACCUCUGCAAAGAAGAGGGUGCUGGACAGGUGGAGCUUCUGUCCGGCGGAGUCAACAUGCCGGUAACCCCUGUAAACGUGUACGAGUACGUCAGGAAGUAUGCAGAGCACAGGAUGCUGGUGGUGGCUGAGCAGCCACUCCAUGCGAUGCGGAAAGGGUUACUAGAUGUCCUCCCUAAGAACGCCCUGGAGGACCUGACUGCAGAAGACUUCAGGCUGCUGGUCAACGGCUGUGGAGAAGUCAAUGUCCAGAUGCUCAUCAGCUUCACCUCCUUCAACGAUGAAUCUGGUGAAAAUGCAGACAAACUGCUGCAGUUCAAACGCUGGUUUUGGUCCAUAGUGGAGAAGAUGAGCAUGACGGAGAGGCAAGAUCUGGUCUACUUCUGGACCUCCAGCCCAUCUCUACCAGCCAGUGAGGAGGGCUUCCAGCCGAUGCCCUCCAUCACCAUUCGGCCCCCCGAUGACCAGCACCUCCCCACAGCCAACACCUGCAUUUCACGCCUCUAUGUGCCACUCUACUCUUCAAAACAGAUCCUCAAACAGAAACUUCUGCUAGCCAUUAAGACCAAGAACUUUGGUUUUGUGUAGAGACAGAAAAACCUUUAAAAGGAAUCAGAAAAACAUGUUUACUGUUGUGAAAUAUUUACCUAUCUUAAUUUUGUAGAUUAAUUUUCUGUGUACACAGUUUUAUGAAAUUUGACAAUUGUUGCUAUUUCCCCAGGCUGUAAUAUUUGUGUUGUGAACACAAACACUGUUCUUUUUUAAUUUGACUGUUUUUGUUGAUGAAGAAAUCCACAGUCCAGAACAUUCCUCCAUUGGCCCUGUAGAAUCUAAAGCCCACAGCCAUGCCUUCAUGGCUUCGACCUUUGCUUCCCACCAUGACGGUCUGACAGAAGGCUGUCAGGCCGAGCCCAGCCAAAGACGACAGCAGCUGAAGUAUUUACAGAAGGAAAGACACACUGUGACUGAGUUUCCCUUCCCUAGAGACUAUCAACGACAGUUCACUGCUGCCUUUGUGAAGAAGUCCUUUGUCCUGUACAAGGGGAGUAGGGAAUUUCAAAAUAAACUUGGAUGCAAAUA